GUUCGCCCACCCGCGGGCCUGCAAUAAAGCAAACGUUUUUCAGAUUUCUUGACUUCUUCUCUCAAUUAUCUCUCCCUUUCAUCUUCUGUACUUCGUACGUUUCGUCCACUGCCUAUUGUAGACAAACGUUUGGUAGCAUUUGGGUUUUCUUUCAAUUGGACUCCUCUUCCUUUGUUGAUUGGUGUUUCGAAUGGCAGCAACCUAGCUGAUUGAUCGAUCCCCUCACGUGCUCGAUUUCCCUACACCACAGCCAUCAGACGUAAUUUUUCAACAACAGUGUCAACAAAUUACUUGCUAGACAUAGCUUUGUUUCUUGAUUAUCUGCUUUGAUUCUGGAAUUUUGAAUAUCGCUAGGCGCUGCGUUCAUUGCAUGAUGAAUCGCCUGCCCGACAAGCUGCUCUUUUCCAAGCAGCGCCUGAGACCGCGGGUUGUGCUUUCAUACAUCGCGGACUAUGUUAUACUCGUUGUCUGUAUUGCAGGGUUCUAUGCUCUCGACUCCAUUGAACCCUACCACCAACAUUUCUCGCUACGAAAUAUCUCCAUCCAGUAUCCAUAUGCUGUUCACGAGCGUAUCACGAUACAGGAAGCUCUCUGUAUCUCUGGAGUGGCGCCUCUAGUCAUCAUUGCCGUCUAUACCCUUCUUAUAGAUGGUCUCUUUUCCCACAACAAACCAAGGGAUCCAGUAUCCGGCAAACGGAAAUUUUCAGGCCCGUAUCGGUGGAAGGAUCGACUAUGGGAGUUUAACUGUGGAAUACUGGGGCUCCUGCUCUCUCAGGGGCUGACGUUCGUCAUCACGCAAGCAUUGAAGAACGCCUGUGGCAAGCCUCGGCCGGAUUUCAUUGAUCGGUGCCAGCCUCGCGCAGGAAGCCAGGAUGCAAUCCCAGGCUUGUCUAACUCUACCAUCUGCACGGGCGAACAUGCGCUCAUCAAAGACGGCUUCCGUUCAUGGCCAUCAGGCCACAGUAGCUCGUCGUUUGCUGGUUUGUUCUACCUGACGCUCUGGAUGAGUGGCAAACUGCAUAUAAUGGACAACAAAGGUGAGGUCUGGAAAGCACUCUUGGUCAUGAUACCGAGCCUGGGUGCUACUCUCGUUGCGGUGAGUCGGAUUAUGGAUGCGAGACACCACCCCUUCGACGUCAUCACUGGAUCGCUUCUCGGGAUCCUCUGCGCCGUUAUCUCCUAUCAUCAGUAUUUCCCACCUCUUUCGCAGCCUUGGAAGAAAGGUCGCGCGCAUCCUAUCCGCAGCUGGGGGACCGAGCCGCUACCCCCAUCGAAUCCAUUGAACAUGGUGAGAUUCGAAGAUAGUACUGCCGCGCUCCGUCACCCGGCAGAAGACAGCCAGGCAAAGCCGAUGGUCGGUGCAGACAAUGGCGCGGCUUAUAUCCCCACAUCCAAUCCCUACGCUACAAAUAUGUACACUCGUCGAUCACAGGAUGAGGACGGGAAUUGGUCCUCAUCUAGCGAGGACGUUCACGCAAAUGGCUAUGAGAUGCAGUCUGGGUAUGCUCGAGCACGCAACCCAGGACUGAAUGGAUCGAUUCCACAAUACGAGGUCGACACAACGUAUGACUCGCAACGACCACAGGCGGUCACAGCUCUCCAUGCACCCACACGAGUGAUGACUGCUCAGCUUGAUCGAGGGCGGGAUCUGACUGAGCUGCAUUCGCGGGAAGUAUAAGGCACCGGACGGGGCUACCCCGGUCGCCUCAAUGCGAGGGGGAUUCAUUAUGUUGCCAUUUAUAGAACAUAUACCAGUACACUUGCAUGGAACAUUUUCGGGCUCAUACUGUGAUGAUGAUCUUGGCUUAUUUUUCUCUCUUUGUCUUGUCUUCUUUCUUCUUUUUCCGGGAAAAGUGUGGCUAUCAGUCACGGAGGGUAUAUUAUUGAGUUCAAACAACAGGCGGGGAAAUGACAGAGACCACAACAUUCGUUCCGAAUGGCCAGAAGUUCUAUGGUCUACUUACGACCAUGGAUUUGCGGGCGGUAAGUGGGCUUUUUAUGAGGAUUUACUCCGUAAUGAGUGGAUCAAUGAUGAAACCGCUGGCGGUGAUCACAGCGCAGUAUUUGCGGCAUGUACUGUACAGGUUGUACAAACUGUACACAAUGUACAUACUUUGCUACACUAUCUGUUUUCUAGAAAGUCAUGAUUACCUCGCUGAC